GGAGCAGAUCGUAAACUUGUUAUGCGCCGGAGGGGUUUUAUUUUUGUUCAUGGGAUGCAGAGGAAGAGGGUUUUUUUUUUUUUCUCUCCGUGCAGGGGGAACGCAGCAGCACAGUAAAUCUAGUCUCUCACUGGGUUUAUUUUUACAUUCGUGACUUGCUGGUGGGCUCCCCGGGCGCUCGCCCCAGCCGGCCGCUCUCGCUGCCCCUCGCCUUACUGGAACCGAUAUUCAGCGGGGCCGAGCGCCCGCUGCGCGCCCUGCGAGCGGGUCGGGGCGAAGGGUGGCUCUGGGACCCGGCAGCAGCGUGUUUUGUGCUCCCCAGGAUGUCCAUGAGGAGCCCCGUUUCUCCCCACCUGGAGCUCGAUGGAGCGGGCAGCAUGGUGAACUGCACCAUCAAGACGGAGGAGAAGAAGGAGGGCGGCUACGAGUCCCCGCCGGGGGCUGCCCCCAGCACUGAGCCCCGUCCCAGCGACCCACCGGGGCCACCGCCGAGGGAGGGCACCGACCCCCAGGCCCUGCCGCAGGAGUCCCGCUCGCCCGCCAGCGACGCGCCGGAGCCCAGGCGCUCUGCCUUCGAGCCGGCUGUCGGCGGCCAGGAGAAGCUGGACUUCAACAGGAACUUGAAGGAGGUGAUGCCAACCAUCGAGAAAUUACUGUCCAGCGACUGGAAGGAGCGGCUGCUGGGCCGAAACACUGCCGAGUCCAAGGAAGUGAAAGGAACCCAGGAGAGCCUGGCAGAGAAGGAGCUCCAGUUACUUGUCAUGAUCAACCAGCUGUCCACGCUGCGGGACCAGCUCCUGACGGCCCACUCGGAGCAGAAGAACAUGGCCGCGAUGCUCUUCGAGAAGCAGCAGCAGCAGAUGGAGCUGGCGCGGCAGCAGCAAGAGCAGAUCGCCAAGCAGCAGCAGCAGCUCAUCCAGCAGCAGCACAAAAUCAACCUCCUGCAGCAACAGAUCCAGCAGGUCAACAUGCCCUACGUCAUGAUUCCCGCCUUCACCCCCAGCCACCAGCCUCUCCCCGUCACUCCCGACUCCCAGUUAGCGCUGCCCAUCCAGCCCAUCCCCUGCAAACCAGUGGAUUACCCAGUGCAGCUGCUUCACAGCCCCCCUCCUCCCACGCUGAAGAGACCCGCCGGCUCGGGCCACCUCCAGAUGCAGGAGACCUCGCAGCCGCUGAACCUGACGGCCAAACCCAAAGGUUCCGACCUCCCCAGUGCCUCCAGCUCGCCCAGUUUGAAGAUGAGCGGCUGCCAGUCCCUCACGCCGAAUCACGGGGCCACCAGGGACCUGCAGACCAGCCCGUCCAACCUGCCUCUGGGAUUCCUGGGCGAAGGCGACGCCAUCACCAAAGCCAUCCAGGACGCGCGGCAGCUGCUGCAUGGCCACAGCGGAGCCAUGGAGGGGUCACUGACCAACGCCUAUCGCAAGGACCACGUUGGGAUUGAUUCUUCCCCAGUGAAGGAGCGGAUGGAGGAGACCCCUGCCCACCGGCUGGACGAGGCUCUGUUGAGCUGUGAGAUGGAUGGCUCACGGCACUUCCCGGAAUCCAGGAACAACAACCACAUCAAGCGGCCCAUGAAUGCCUUCAUGGUGUGGGCGAAGGACGAGAGGAGGAAGAUUUUGCAGGCCUUCCCAGACAUGCACAACUCCAGCAUCAGCAAGAUCCUGGGCUCCCGGUGGAAAUCCAUGACGAACCAGGAGAAGCAGCCCUACUACGAGGAGCAAGCCCGGCUGAGCCGGCAGCACCUGGAGAAAUACCCCGACUAUAAGUACAAGCCCCGACCCAAACGCACCUGCAUCGUGGAGGGGAAGCGGCUGCGUGUGGGCGAGUACAAGGCGCUGAUGAGGAACCGGCGGCAGGACGCCAGGCAGGGCUACUUGAUAGGGCCCCAGGGCAGCCAGAUGCCCCCCGCCUCCUCGGACGUGCUGUACCAGCGGCCGGUGGGGAUGCAGCUGACGCCCCCCCUGAUGGAGCACUACCUGCCCCGCGGCAUGGACCCCAGCAUGCCCGUCAUCGUCAACACCCGCAGCCUCAAGGAGGGUGACGGCGCUGACGACGGGCACUCGGUGGCCGACGGCGAGAUGUACCGCUACAGCGAGGAGGAGGACUCGGAGGGCGAGGACAAGAGCGACGGCGAGCUGGUGGUGCUGACAGACUGAGGGGGGGGGGGGGGGCUCAGGGGGGCGGUGGGUGGGGGUGGCAGGGCUGGCUGCCACCAAAAAGGAGGGCAGAGCAUCCCCCCAUGGGACAGGAUCCGGACAAAGGGCUGCGCUGGGAGCAGAUGAGAGCUGCUACCCCAGGAGGCAGGAGUCGCUGCUGCCUGCACGUGGAUGCUCCCGGCAUAUCCCAUGGUGGGCAACCAGCGUUUUGGGUGGGAUGAGCCAUGACGUGCGCUGCCGGUUGCGUGGGGCCGUGGCUGGGACAUGCUGACCCCGCUGGGCAACUUGGCAAGGGCUCCGGCUGCCGGGAACGUGGCUCUGCAGCUUGGUCCUGCUCUGGUGACAGGGACAUGGGGAGGUGAAGUCACCUAGCCCAGGGUUGCGGGUGUCAGGACUGCUGAGCUGUUACCCGCUCGCAGCCCCCUGGGAGGGAUCCGAGGGUAUCGGGGUGCGGGAAAACCUCCUGAGCAUCUCGCAGCCCUGCAGCACCCACCGGUCCCUUGCAGAGAGCCUCACCUGCGGUGGCUGCCAGCCCCCGCUGCGGGGGACAUGGGAUGGGGACACGUUUGUCCCUCGUUCAGCCCGGCCUGACCUCCCCGCCACAUUUCCCACUCGGUCUUUAGAGCCUGCCAGCAAAUUCCCAUGGAGCCAUUUUUAGCUCUCGCCUGGCCCCAGUACCAGCCAAAGGCUCCGAGGAGCCCUUUGUGCUCCUGACAGCUCUGGCCCACUUUGUAAAUAAAGCGGGUGCCUGUUCUAUGGCUGCGCCGUUACCCCGGCCCCCCCCGCCGGCCCCUGCCCCGGGCACCAGCCCCGGCUGCGGUGGGUACGUGCCCCCUUUGUGCCCUGUCCAUCCCUGGGCACCUCUCCCUCCCGCACCCCGGCUCUGCGAGCUGCGGGCUCCACCUGUGACCUGCAGUGCGAAAAACACAGAGGGAGCAAAAAAAUAACAGCAAUUUAAAAAAAAAAAGGAAAUAAUUUAAAAAAAAAAAAUACCUUGCUCCGGUCAGAGCCUGGCCCAGGGGUGUGUGGGGUGCAGC